CCACCUCGCGGCAGUCGAGUCGAUUCUUUUUCUGGUGCAAAGUGGUUAGUUCUUGCGAAAUAGACGAAAAUGACGGCCCUCACCGCGGAAGAGAAGGAGCAGCUGAUCGUGCGGAACCUGCAGGAGGUGCUGGGGCAGGAUGCGAUGCGGACCGUGUUGAAGGAGCGGGACUUGCGGAUCUACUGGGGCACGGCGACGACCGGCAAGCCGCACAUUGCGUACUUUGUGCCGAUGUCGAAGGUGGCGGAUUUUCUGAAGGCUGGGUGUGAGGUGACAAUUUUGUUUGCGGAUUUGCACGCCUAUUUGGACAAUAUGAAGGCGCCGUGGUCGCUGCUGCAGGAACGGACCAAGUACUACGAGGCGGUUAUAAAGGCGAUGCUGACGUCGUUGGGGGUUCCGCUGGAGAAGUUGAAGUUUGUGCGGGGCACGGACUAUCAGCUGUCGAAGGAGUACACGCUGGACGUUUACCGGUUGUCGUCGGUUGUGACGCAGCACGACGCGAAGAAGGCCGGAGCGGAGGUGGUGAAGCAGGUGGAGCAUCCGUUGAUGUCGGGGAUUUUGUAUCCGGGACUGCAGGCGUUGGAUGAGGAGUACUUGAAGGUGGACGCCCAGUUUGGUGGGGUUGACCAGCGGAAGAUCUUUACGUUUGCGGAGAAGUAUCUGCCCCAGUUGGGAUAUGGGAAGAGGGUGCACUUGAUGAACCCGAUGAUUCCGGGGUUGGCUGGGGGGAAAAUGUCUUCCUCGGAGGAGGAUUCCAAGAUUGAUUUGCUGGACAGUGCCGCCAAGGUCAAGUCCAAGAUCAAGAAGGCGUUCUGCGAGCCUGGAAAUAUCGAGGACAACGGACUGCUCAAGUUCGUGAAGCACGUCGUCUUCCCGAUGUUCCCGGCCGGCGAGGGAUUCCAGAUUCGGCGCAAGCCCGAGUUUGGCGGAGACAAGUGCUUCGACAAUUACGAAGAUCUGGAGGCUUACUUUGCCGCGCAAGAGCUGCACCCGGGAGAUCUAAAAGCGUCCGUCGAAGUCUACAUCAACCGGCUGCUCGACCCCAUCCGGAAAGCGUUCGACGAUGACGCGCACCGGCAGCUGACGGAACGAGCCUACCCGACGGCCGGCGGUGCGUCGAAGAAGGGUGCCGCCGCCCAAGCGACCAGCGAAAACACCCCGGACAAGGCUGAGUUCACCGUCGGUCAAAUCGUCGACGCCAGCAAGCAUCCAGACGCGGACACGCUCUGCGUCCUGACCGUGGACAUUGGCGGCGACGUGAAAAAGUCCAUCGUCAGCAACCUGAUGGCGCAUUACGAGCUGGAGGCCCUUAAGGGACGCCUGGUGGUCACGCUGACCAACAUGAAGUCGAGCAAGAUGCGGGGCGUCGAGAGCGAGGGCCUCGUCAUGUGCGCCUUCAACGCGGACAAGUACGAACCGCUGGCGGUGCCCGAGGGCACCAAGGUCGGCGAGCGGAUCAUCGUCGAAGGGUUCGACAACACGAAGGCCGAGGUGGCGCAGCUGAACCCGAAGAAGAAGGUUUGGGACAAAAUCCAGGCGGAGCUGAAGACGAACGCCGACGGCGAGGCGCUCUGGAAGGAAUUUUCGCUGCUGACCAUGAACGGGGAUCGGAUCACGUGCGGACUGAAGGGAUGCAACAUCAAGUGAAGCGAACAAACUUAGUAAAGUGAUGAAAUUAUGCCUACUCGGAAGAAGAAAAACAGUGAAUCAUGCUGCGGUAGAGAAAAAUGUUUUAUUUAUUUGUAAGAGCGUCAUCGAGCUAAGCUAAGUUUGCAUUUUUUGUGUACUCGUUCAUUUUUUCAUGGAAUAAAUUCGUUUUUUGAAGAAGACGCUUUCAAA